AUGAUACGCCCGGCUAACUCCUCUACCAGGAAGAAGGUAGCCAUUGUUGGUAGUGGGUGUACGGGCAUUGCAGCAUUAUGGGCGCUUAAUAGAACAUAUCAUGACGUCUAUCUUUACGAAGCCGCCGACCGACUAGGCGGGCAUACCAACACAGUCCAAUGGAAAGUCGGAAAAUACUCUACAGCAGUCGACACUGGAUUUAUUGUCUUGAAUAGUGCAACUUAUCCGAAUUUCAUCAAUUUCCUAAACAAGUUAAAUGUUCCUGUGGACAAGACAGAAAUGACAUUUGGUGUCUCUCGAGACCAGGGACUAUUCGAGUGGGCCGGUACGAAUCUCGCCGCAGUAUUUUGCCAGAAGAGAAACAUCUUUUCAUUGCGCAUGUGGCGCAUGCUAUUCGAUAUAAUACGAUUCAACCAGUUCGCGCUUGAUGUCAUCAUUAAUGCGGAAGAUGAGCAGCCGGUAAAGGAAGCAGACAGUAUCCUGCAUUCCGCGAGCAGGGCCGAAACCAUUGGCCAGUACCUGGAGCGAGAGGGCUACUCAGACGCCUUCCGGGACGACUACUUGAUCCCAAUGACGGCUGCUGUCUGGAGUACCAGUCCUGACAAGUGCAGUCUUGAGUUUCCAGUUUUGACACUGGUGCGAUUCUUGUGGAACCAUCAUCUCCUUUCCACCGUUGCCGCUCGGCCAGAUUGGCUGACCCUGCGCGAAGGAUCGCAAUCAUACAUUGACGCAGUAAUGAAAGGCUUUCCCCCUAAUCACCUCUUCCUCAAUACACCUGUCAGACGACUCUCGAACGACGAGAACGGGCGGGUUGUGCUGCACUUUGAAAACGGCCAAUCCGACACUUUUGACCAUGUAAUUUUGGCAACCCACGGCGACCAAGCGCUGUCCAUUUUGGGAUCAUCUGCCACCGACCAGGAGCGCGCAAUUCUAUCCUGCUUCCAAACAUCCGAAAACGAGGCGGUUUUGCAUUCGGAUCUGACACUCAUGCCUCAGAAGCGUAAGGCUUGGUCAAGCUGGAAUUAUCUCACCUUGUCAUCCCCGUCCAAGGCCAACAUCGACCAAGUAUCCCUGACCUACAACAUGAAUAUUCUUCAGCAUAUUCCACGAGAGCCAUUCGGUGAUGUCCUCGUCACACUAAACCCUCUGCAUCGACCACGCGCUGCCUUGACAAAAGGAAGAUUCUUCUACUCACAUCCAUUAUACACUCCGUCCGCUGUUCGCGCCCAAAAGUUUUUGCGACAUAUCCAGAAUAAACGAGGAAUCAGCUACGCCGGAGCCUGGACCAAGUAUGGUUUCCACGAAGACGGAUUCAGUAGUGGUUUACACGUGGCGCAAGAACACCUUGGUGCGAAACUACCAUUCGACUUUGUAGAUUCAACAUAUAGCCGCGGCAAGAAACCGAAACUAGGUCUCGCAGACCACUUUGUACGCUUGAUUAUUCUGCUCAUCCAGGUAUUUGUGGUUCAAAUCCUGGAGCGUUUGGCAGGCACUGGCAGACGAUCGGUAAAGCCAGCACUGAACGGAGUCAAACCGAGGCGGGUUCUGGAGAAGCAGGCAUGA